CGUCAUUUCACCAUAAUCACUACAAUCAGGAAAACUAAAUCUCACUCUCAAGGUAGAGAGGAGGGAAUCUAGAUCUGUUGUAAUUCUGAUUAUAAAUAGACUCUAUCUAUAUUCAUUUGUUUAUUCUAAAAUCAUACAUAAGCCUAAUUAUAGUAUCUUGAGUUUAAUGUCUAUAAAUCCAUUCGGUUCCUAAAAAUUAAAAAUCUAAAUUAUGAGUUAUUCACGCGGCGGUACUCUUGUCACUCUUUUGUUACUACUAGUCGUAGCCUCCUCACUCGCUUUGACCGCAAACGCGAAUUCGUUCGAAUCGCUCCUCCAGCUCCCGCGGAGACAGUCGCGCUCGACCCGACCCAGAUCCGAACGGCUCCUCCACGUUGGCAAUUUUGGUGCCAAAGGCAAUGGCGUCACCGACGACACUAAAGCGUUUGCAGAUGCUUGGAAGACAGCUUGUUCUUCCAAAGUCAAAACCAGAAUCUUGGUGCCUGAAAAUUACACUUGUCUCCUUCGGCCUAUUGAUCUUUCUGGACCUUGUAAAGCAAGACUCACACUCCAGAUCUCUGGUACAAUCAUUGCUCCCAAUGAUCCAGAUGUUUGGGAAGGUCUUAACCGCCGAAAAUGGCUAUAUUUCCAUGGUUUGAGCCGCUUAACUGUUGAAGGAGGCGGCACUGUUAACGGGAUGGGGCAAGAAUGGUGGGAAAGAUCUUGCAAACACAAUCAUUCCAACCCUUGUCGAGGUGCUCCAACGGCCUUAACAUUCCACAAGUGCAAGAAUAUGAGAGUUGAGAACCUCAAUGUGAUUGAUAGUCAACAAAUGCACAUUGCCUUAACCAGCUGUCGCCGUGUGACCAUCUCUGGUUUAAAGGUCAUAGCUCCUGCUACUAGUCCCAAUACUGAUGGAAUUCACAUAAGCGUCUCUCGUGGUAUCGUUAUAGACAACACUACUGUCAGCACAGGAGAUGACUGCAUUUCGAUAGUUAAAAACUCUACACAGAUCUCCAUCAGCAACAUUAUAUGUGGUCCUGGCCAUGGCAUAAGCAUUGGAAGCCUAGGAAAAUCAAAAUCUUGGGAAGAAGUUAGAGACAUAACAGUUGAUACGGCCAUCAUCUCUGACACUGCGAAUGGUGUUCGGAUCAAAACAUGGCAGGGAGGGAGUGGUUUGGUCUCAAAAAUUAUCUUUAGGAACAUCAAGAUGAACAAUGUGUCAAACCCCAUCAUCAUCGAUCAGUAUUACUGCGAUUCUAGGAAGCCGUGUGCGAAUCAGACAUCAGCUAUUAGCAUUGAGAACAUCUCAUUUGUUCACGUGAGGGGCACCUCAGCAUCAAAGGAAGCAAUCAAGAUCUCUUGCAGCGAUAGUUCACCAUGUCGCAACAUACUUCUACAAGACAUUGAUCUUGAACCAUCAAACGGUGAUGGUUUCACAGAGUCUUUCUGUUGGGAAGCUUAUGGUUCUAGUUCGGGUCAAGUGUACCCUCCUCCUUGUCUUUCAGAUGACACAAGCUUCUUAGAACAGUCGGUUCAGUCCGGGAUCACAUCUGCAUACCUUUGAAUUCAUGUUUUCAGAUUGAAAAUCUUGCCACGUUUUUGUGCACACGCCAAAUGCUUUUAUGAUAUAGUCAUGUUUUGGCAAAUUCAGUUCACCAGUCCAUCCCUUAUCAUUGAGUUUCUCUCUUAUUGCACUCAAUCAUUUCCAGCUCACAAGAUUACCUUUUGAGCCAUACGAUGGAUGUAGAGCUCUCUCACGGUUGUUGGGAAGAUUAUAUAAUUUAUGACAAGAGAAAACUCGUUUUGAGAAAAAUCAAGUCAAACCUUUGGAUCAGUAACCAAAAAAACUUAGAGAAAAUAGCUGAAACAAUCUUAGUAUUAAUGCAUAAUCAAAACUAUGAGAAAUUUAUGUAAUGAGCCAAAAUAUAGGGGAACACAUGUAAUUACGAAAAAUAUUCAAAACACGUGCAAUGAUUUAUAAACAAAAAAUAGAAGGG